AGAAAAAUGGCGGAUAAGUCUUUGCCAUGGGGUUUACGAACGGACAAAUUAACCCCUGGCUCUACAAAGGCAAUAUCAGAGAGCAAGUUAAAGGCUUUCGAAGUUGGUACAAUGAAUAUUGGGAAAAAAUCACUGUCGAAAAGGGAACAAGAGGAAAUCAAGAAAAAGCAAGAUGCACAUGCAGCAGCUCAAGUUUAUGAGGAGUUUGUGGCCUCCUUUCAGGAUAGUGGCAAACAAAGCAAGUCCUGGGUGAAGGGUGGAGUAGUCAACCCUGCUGAAAAGUCAACACCUAGUAAACCAGAGAAAAGCAAACUAUACAAACCAACCUCGAAGCUGGCAGAGCUUGCAUCUACAUUUCAAUCGGUGAAAGAUGCUAAAAAAAGGGAUGAUGAUGUCGAUGAUGACAGGAAUGAUUACAGGGCUUUCACAGAUAGAUCUAGCUUUAGUGUGGGAAAGAAGAAAAAGGAAGAUCAAAAGAAGAGGAGCAAUCUAGAAAUAUUCAAGGAGGAAUUAAAACAAAUACAACUAGAGAGGGAAGAACGACACAGGUGGAAAUCAGGACUCAAAAAUCAAGGGUUUGACCCUGGUACUGAACCCAUUGAGGAUAGAUUUGGGAAAUAUGAGGCUUCCUUAGAACCAGGAUUUAAUAAAGCUGAUAGCAUGCGACUUGGUCCAUAUGAUCCUGCAGACGAGAGUACAACAAAUAUUUAUGUGGGCAACAUCAAUCCAAAGAUGACAGAGCAACAGUUGUGUGAGGUGUUUGGGAGGUAUGGACCACUUGCUAGUGUGAAAAUUAUGUGGCCAAGAACAGAUGAAGAGCGAUCAAGGGGAAGGAACUGUGGUUUUGUGGCCUUCAUGAACAGGAAAGAUGGAGAGCGAGCCAUGAACUCACUCAAGGGCAAGGAAGUGAUGCAAUUUGAAAUGAAGUUAGGGUGGGGUAAGGCAGUGCCCAUACCACCACACCCAGUCUAUAUACCUCCCGCUCUAGUCGAGCUAACACAACCGCCACCCCCUUCUGGGUUGCCAUUCAACGCUCAGCCAAGCAAGAGCAGUCGCCGACUACGAUCGGAAAAAUUAUAUGGCAAUGUGCCACCUCCAGGCAUAAAUGGAUCAUCAAAAGACGAGCCUGCAGAGGACUUAGAGAAGACUUUAGCCAAAGCUGUUGUGAAAGUGGUAAUUCCCACAGAAAGAAAUCUUCUCUGUGUGAUACAUCGAAUGAUCGAGUUUGUUGUUCGAGAAGGUCCAAUGUUUGAAGCCAUGAUCAUGAAUAGAGAAAUCAAUAACCCAAUGUUCAGGUUCCUGUUCGACAACCAGAGCCCAGCACACCUCUAUUAUAGAUGGAAAAUGUUCACCAUUCUUCAGGGUGACUCACCGUACAGAUGGAGGACAGAAGAGUUUAAAAUGUUUAAGGGAGGUUCUCAGUGGAAACCCCCACCUAUGAACCCUUACACUCAGGGCAUGCCAGAUGAACUGGUCCGUGAGGAUCUACCUCUGGAUCAGGAGGAUGAGGUUGUCACCAAAAAGGGACAGCUAACAGAUAGUCAAAGAGAUCGCUUAGAAGAUACAUUACGUGAGCUAACGCCAGAGCGAAUGAAAAUUGGUGACGCAAUGGUGUGGUGCCUAGAUCAUGCGGAGGCGGCAGAGGAAAUUGUAGAAUGUAUUACUGAGUCCUUGUCCAUACUACAGACUCCAAUUCCAAAAAAGAUUGCAAGGUUGUUCCUGGUGUCAGAUAUUUUAUUUAACAGUAGUGCUAAAGUCCCCAAUGCUUCAUUCUUUAGAAAAUGUUUUCAAAUUAAAUUACGGGAAAUAUUCAAAGAUGUACACGAGACCUAUGUAAAUAUUGAUGGCAGGUUAAAAGCAGAACAGUUUAAACAAAAAGUGAUGGGCUGUUUCCGGGCCUGGGAAGACUGGGCUAUUUAUCCUAAUGACUAUCUAAUUAACCUACAGAAUAUAUUUCUUGGUCUUGUACCUACUAAGGGGGUGACCAAGUUGCCAGGUAUUGAUCACUCAGACAGUGAGGACCUCGAUGGCGCACCUAUUGAGGACCUGGAUGGUGCUCCACUUGAACAGUCAAAGGAGGAUCUGGAUGGAAAGGUUCUUGUGGAGUACGAUGGAGAACCCUACUCUGAAGAUCUGGAUGGGGCACCAAUUGGCGAGUACCAGAAAAAAGAGGAAUGUGCUGAUGUUCAUGGCAGGUCCCCAGUAGCUCCAAAAUUCUUUAAAUCAAAGUGGGAGACAGUUGAUGAUGCUGAGCUUGAAGCACAGGCUAUGACAACCUCUAAAUGGGACCUACUCGACAACCAGGAGGAAGAGGAAGAAGAGGUAGAGGAAAAAUCCCAGGGAGAGAUGUAUGAAGAUAUUGAUGGGCAACCUCUUGAUGAAGAGGAAGGAUACUCUAGAGGUACAGCAUCAGACGAAGAAAGUUUCCAGGACUAUUCCGAGUAUCACCACAAACAGGAAAUGACGGAGGAAAGGAGAGCAAAACUUCGGGAAAUUGAGGUUAAAGUUAUGAAGUACCAAGACGAACUUGAGGCUGGAAAGAGAACUAGAAAAAAUCAUAUAACCAUAUCGCAGCAAGUGGAACACUACAGAAAGAAACUGCUACAGAAGGAAACUGACUCACCAGGAAGAGAUGCACGGAAGCGUCAUCGAUCAAGAUCAUACUCUCCUUCAGCUUAUAGAUCUAUUUCAAGUAGUCCAAAACGAGGCUCUAAAAGAUUGAAAAGUCCGAAGAGGUCGCGAAGAUCAAGGUCAAGGUCACCACACAAGAGAUCAACUUCCAGAAGUCCAAGUAGACAUCGUCACAAACACAAAAAAAGCAAACAUCGAAUGUAGGAUUAAAUUGAGGGGGGAGGGGGAAAGGGCAUUGAAGGGAUAAACGGGGAGAUUGGCAAGCUCUCAUUGUUAAUCAAGAGCACUUAACUAAUAAAGUUAGGAAGUUCUUUCAUCAUUUUCCUCAAGAUAUACCACAAUAAUUCAUCAUGAUGAUUCGAGCUGAAAUAUUUCAUUAUGUAUACCAUGUGUAUUUGGAUGUAAAGUUUUGCAGCAUGCUGUAGAUAGAAAAUAUCAACAAAUCUUAUAACAUUUAAAACAAACGGCGAACUUAUUUCUCUAUAACUAGACCCACAGCACUCAGUUUAUCACAUCAUAAUAUUUCUCAGAAUUAUUUCUUUACUAUUCAUUCUAGAAAUCCAAGUUGAAUUUGCAAAUAAAGAACAUUCUAUGGUUCAGGGUUUCUAAUUGGUAUCACAUUGUUAAACAUGAGUCUAUACCCGUUUUGUUUUCAGAUGAACUAGAUGAUGAGACAAUUUCUUUUUAUGGUAAUAUUUUUGUUCCUUGAUUGAUUUCUUUCGUUACUUUUGUCAUUGAAAUAUUUUUAGUUAAGUCCUGAUAAAAUGAAAAUAAAAUCCAAAAACAUUGGAUUAGCAGGUUAUGUGUUUAUGUGCUCUGUAUUUAUAAAGAUUGGUUUUGGAACAACACAAUCUCAAUUCAGUUUGAUAAGAAAUAUUUUAUUUAAAUCUGCCAGGUGAUGUUUGGUACAAUGCUAUGAUCAAUAGCACAUAUUUUCGAACACAUUGGCAAUUCUCAGAAAGAUUCCUAUGACAAUAUCUGGUACAUUGUAUAAAACACUGAUAUUUAGGUAGGAAGGAGUCAAUAUGUAGGAAAAGGUACUUAUUCAGGUUGAAUAAUCAUAUAUUUUUGUGAGGUUCAAAUUUCAUAGUUUUCCAAAAACAUCCAUUUUGGUUGACACUUAAUUUCCUUGAUUAACCUUACAAAAUCCAAUUAUAUAAAUCUUGAUGGUUUCAUGGACAUAACAUUUCUCAGAUAUAGAGUACCCACGAGUUAAACAAAAAAAAUCCGUCGUGAAAUUAAUCAUUUUACAGUACAGUGUAUGUACUGAAAUAUCAUUACCUUCAAAGUAGGUGAAUCUACUCCUAGAAUGUAUUCCUAAUUUGAUGCUUCAGGAAUCUUCCUACACUUUGGCUUAGUUUUAACUUAUAUAACUUGUUAAAAUAUCCAUUCCAAGAAAUUGAUAGCAAUGAAUAAAUGAAUGCGCAAUUUUGAUUUCUGCAGAAUAAUUUCACUUUGAAGAAUAGGCAACUAUAUUGUAUGGUACUGGAGAAUUUGUCCCUAUUGCCAAAACUGCUUAUAAUUCUCUGUCAGAGAACAUCUUACCAACAAAUCAAACAUUCUCGAUAUUAUGAAUGUUGAUUAUAAGGUAUCAGAUACCAGUGUUUUGAUUUAGCUUUCAAAAUAGAUUUAUCAAUAUACCAAACAUACAAAAAUGAAAACAUUCUCCUGAUCAUGAUCAAUAAUAAUUUCUACUGUGUAAUAGGUCAAACUGAAUAUCUCAAAUCAUUAUUGUCACUUCUUUGUGUAGUAACACAAAGAACCUGAAAACUUUACACAGAAAAUAAAUCUGUAUAGAUUUUUAUCUGAAA